AUGACUGCCUACACCGAACAGACGAAGAAAGCCUGGAACUCCGGUCUUCGACGCAUGUCCGCAUAUCCGCAAAUCGAUCUCUAUAUCUAUAUCACGCUGGACUCAGCUAACAGCCCACUAUACACUACACUACGAACCUUUCCCCAUAGCCGUCAACUCCAGCAGCAGCAGCAGCAGCAGCAGCAGCCAACCCAAUCACGACCAUCACACACCCCACCCACCAUCUCAAGUCCCAUGCCACUCGCGAUGUGUCGAGCGAGCACGCACAUCCGUGCUCAGGUCGAUGCUUGGGGUUACAAAUCGUUCGAUCAACGGGGGGCGGGGGGCAACGGGAAGAUAUGCCAUCAAGAGGGAUUUCGCGAGAUCGCGGUUGAGGUUUGGGUCUGUAUGCGUCUGGCUCUAUGGCGAUACAAUGCGUUAUCUCGUCUUUUCGCUGGAGAGGGGUUGGUUCGCGGCCGGAGUACGGGCCGGGGUAUAGCCUAUGCUGCGAGUUUGGGUCUCUCGUCACGAGAAUGGUUGAUUUGGAGGGAGUAA